CACGCCCACACGCCCGAGGCUGCCUCAUCUGGCACUGAUUAUCCGUGCUGCUGCCGCUGCUGCCGCACUCAGCCGCUGCCUCUGUCUUGAAGACCCCAGCACUUCUCUCCACCCCCGCCCCUGGCCAUGCUGCCUGCCGCCACAGCCUCCCUCUUGGGGCCCCUCCUCACUGCCUGGGCUCUGCUGCUGCCUUUCACCCAUGGCCAGACCCCCAACUACACCAGACCCGUGUUCCUGUGCGGAGGGGAUGUGACUGGGGAGUCGGGUUACGUGGCAAGUGAGGGUUUCCCCAACCUCUACCCUCCCAAUAAGGAGUGCAUCUGGACAAUAACGGUCCCUAAGAGCCAGACUGUGUCCCUCUCCUUCCGAGUCUUUGACCUGGAGCAGCACCCCAGCUGCCGGUACGAUGCUCUGGAGAUCUUUGCCGGGUCUGGAACCUCGGGCCAGCAGCUCGGACGCUUCUGCGGGACCUUCCGGCCCGCGCCCUUAGUCGCCUCCGGCAACCAGGUGACCCUGAGGAUGAGAUCGGACGAGGGCACGGGAGGACGAGGCUUCCUGCUCUGGUACAGCGGGCGGGCCACCUCCGGCACUGAGCACCAAUUUUGCGGGGGGCGGCUGGAGAAGGCCCAGGGAACCCUGACCACGCCCAACUGGCCCGAGUCCGAUUACCCCCCUGGCAUCAGCUGUUCCUGGCACAUCAUCGCGCCCCCGGACCAGGUGAUCUCACUGACCUUCGGCAAGUUUGACCUGGAGCCCGACUCCUACUGCCGCUACGACUCGGUCAGCGUGUUCAACGGACCCGUGAGCGACGACGCCAAGCGGCUGGGGAAGUUCUGUGGCGACACAGUCCCGGGUUCCAUCACCUCCGAAGGGAACGAGCUCCUCGUCCAGUUCGUCUCGGACCUCAGCGUCACGGCCGAUGGCUUCUCGGCCACCUACAGGACCCAGCCUCGGGGCGCCACCGAAGGAGGCCCAGGGGAGGUCGGCCCGGGCCCCAAGCCCGGAGCCGGGCCCAAAGUCAAGCCCGAAGUCCCACCUGAAGAGAAACCCAAAGCCGCGCCUAAGGCAGAAGCAACUCCGGUGGGCCCGGAUGCACCCAGUGUUACCUGCCCAAAGCAGUGCCGGAGGACAGGCACCUUGCAGAGCCACUUCUGUAACAGCGACCUGGUGGUGACAGGAAUGAUUAAGUCCAUGGUGCGGGGCCCAGGGGAGGGCCUCACAGCAACUGUCAAUGUCACUGGUGUUUACAAAGCCGGAGGCCUGGACCUGCCCUCUCCACCCACUGACACCCUUCUGAAGUUUUAUGUGCCGUGCAAGCAGUGCCCCCCCAUGAAGAAAGGAAUCAGUUACUUGCUGAUGGGCCAGGUGGACAAGAACAGAGGUCCCAUCCUUCCUCCAGAGAGCUUCGUGGUUCUCCACCGGCCUACCCAGCACCAGAUCCUCACCAACCUCGGCAGGAAGUGCCCCUCCAAGCCUGUUUAGCCUGCUGGGUCUCAGGCCUAAGCCCAGGCCAACCUCCCCACCCGGGACCUAGGGACCCCUUUCUUAUUCAAAUAAAUGUUUCUUGAUUGA